GUUUCUUUCACUUUCCCUAUGGAUAAAAAUAACAACAUAUUCCAAACCAUUGACAUGAGAUACACCUACUACACUGAAGUCAGCAUUGGGAUCUUAGCCAAUGCCUUCCUUCUUCUCUUCCACAUCUUCACAUUCUUUCUCCAACACAGACCCAAGCCCACAGACCUGCCUAUUGGUCUCUUGGCCCUCAUCCACUUGAUGAUGCUAUCUGUGGGGAUCAAGGCUCGGGGAAUGUUUGAAUCUCAGGGUAUCUGGAAUGACUUCAUGUGUAAAACAAUCUUCUACUCCUACCGGACACUGCGAGGCCUCUCCCUGUGCACCACCUGCCUGCUCAGUGUCCUCCAGGCCAUCACCCUCAGCCCCAGGAGCUCCUGGUUGGCCAAGUUCAAACAGACCUCCACACAUCACAACCUGUGUUCUCUUCUCAUCCUGUGUUUCUUCUAUAUGUCCAUUAGCAGUCACCUCCUCACCACCAUCAUUGCCACUCCCAAUUUCACCUCAGAGAGUCUAAUGUAUGUCACUGAUUACUGCUCUGUCAGGCCCAUGAGCUAUUCCCUAAGACAAACAGUUUCCGCGUUGGUGUCCAUGAGAGAUGUCUUCCUCACAGGGCUCAUGGCCCUCGCCAGUGCCUACAUGCUGACCCUCCUGUGCAGGCACAGGAGGCAGUCCCGGCACCUUCAUGGCACCAGCCCUUCUCCAAGAGCCUCCCCAGAGCUGAGGGCCACCCGCACCAUCCUGUUGCUCCUGUGCUUCUUCAUGGUCAUGUCCAUUCUCGACUGCUUUAUCUCCUCCUCAAGAGUCCUUUUGAACAAUAGCCAAAUUCUUCACAGUGUCCACACUAUCGUGGCCUACAGCUAUGCCACCAUGAGUCCUUUGGUGUUCAUCAGUACUGAAAAACGUAUAAUUACCUUUUGGAAAACCAACUGGGGAGGUGGGAGUCAAUGUUUCAUUGUUCUCACAGAUAAGGUCUCUGAAUGA